AACACAUCUCUCUUAUCCAGGCUCAUAUUUAGACUAUACAUGUACCAGCAGCAGGAACGAUAUCAGCAUGGAGCGCACAAACUCCCCUGGCAGCAACGACACCAUCAAGUUCCCAUAUAAACCAAAGGGCGACCCGUUAAGACCUGGUCCCUCUCUCUCCAGAGGGGCAGUGUAGAGAGUCUUUCUGGCAGGCCGCAAUUUCUGGCUUCCUCCGACAGCAAACGAAUGAGCACCGAUCUCUCUGAACUGGAGCACAGAUUGCCCUUUGCUCCCGCAGCAACCUGUGAGCCUCAUAGACGCAGUUCAGUGCAGGAUCUUCCUGCCAUUGGUACGGAGUCCAGUCAGGAUAGUAGGAACAGCAGCAGAGCAUCCAGUCCCAGUGUGAGGAUGUUUACGCCAGACAAGACGGACACCAAUGGCUCAGAUAACUCCAUCCCCAUGGCCUAUUUGACCCUGGACCAUCAGCUACAGCCUCUAGCCCCGUGUCCAAACUCCAAAGAAUCAAUGGCAGUGUUUGAGCAGCACUGUAAGAUGGCACAAGAGUACCUGAAGGUGCAGACAGAGAUCGCUCUUCUCAUACAGAGGAAGAAAGAGCUGAUAGAUGAGCUGGACCAGGAUGAGAAGGAUCAGCAGAACGCGUGUCGCCUCGCUCAGGAGCACAAGAAGCUCCUAGAGGAGAACAAGAGUCUGUCGACUUACUACCAGCAGUGCAAGAAACAACUGGAGCUGAUCCGAGCGCAGCAGCAAAAGAGACAGGGCACCUCAUGAACCUCUUUCAUUAUGAAACAGAGCUAGGCUGAACUCUAUAAUCACAGUUAUCCCUGUUAUCUUGUCCUCCCUGAUCCAAACAAUGGGGUGGUUAAUCUAUAGUUUGGCCCAGAAACCCCUUAAUUCUGCCUGUUAAAGCACCCAUGAAACCUGUGAAGAUGGUAACCGAAUGAAAUGUGCUUCACAGUUCAGGUGACCGUGUGUCAUUUCCAUCAGUGAAAUCUGCUCCAAGAUCCUUCACUCAACUGCACAAACAUACAGCGUUCCAGGUGUCCAUGAAUCCCGCAGGAUAUGCAAUAGCAGGGCCACAAUUAAAGCCAGGUGGGUGUGAAACACAGACUGAUAAACACGCGCAGAUCUUCAGAGAUCUACAAGUCUAAAUGAGCCAGCAAAUGCUUUUUUAUUUUCAAAAGAGGAAACCUGCAUUUUAAGUAGCGAGAUGUUUAAAAGAAAGGAUGUAAAAUGAGGUCUUUCCCCUUCCUCGGACAUCCCAGAAUUCCCUGUGGGGUUUGCCGUUCCCCUCGAUUAGGUGUUGGUCCUUGAGAAUGUGAAAGCAAAGUUAUAUACAAAAGCUAUUUUUAAUCGUUUUCAAUUUAGAUUUUAAUUUUGUUCCAUUCGCUUUGCGUGUACUUUUCAUUUUAUUAACCCCUUUUUAUGAAAAAAAAAGUGCUAUAGACGUUUCCUUUUUUCUUUUUUGAUUUGUCUGCCCUAAAAAGUGUUAGAAUGUAUUGAUUGAAAUCGGGGGAUGUAUCUUACAUAUGCCUUGCAUGUCAACCUUGUGUUCAUGAAAAAACAAAGGACAGUCUGUUUGUAUGUGCAGCCUCACAACGAAAUGCAGUUUGUAAUCCAUUUCCUGUAACAUCCCAUCCAUUUGAAAACCAUCGCUCUAGAAGAACAAAAGAAAUGGACUUGAGUGUAUGUGAUUGUGCGUACAAACAUUUUAAUCAUGACUUCAGUGUUCUUGUGUUUCUUUGCUUUAUCUAGAUCUGUAUGGUAAUUCCUCCAGGGUUUUCAGAGAUCCGCUUUAUAGUUUUUGUCGCAAGUGCGGGAAAGACGCUGUUUCUCCGAGCUUGAUUUAUCUCUUUUUAGUUCACGUGAUGCCUUGGGGUUGUAUCGCUUGCAUUUUACUUGACUUGUUUUGUUGCUUUUACUGCAAUGAGACAACUCUCAUUAUGCGCUUAAUGCAAUUAGGAGUUUAGAAACGCGAGUGAGAGGUUUAAAAGGCCUGCGAAUGCAACUUGAAUGAAAUCAAGAGAGAUCAGAUUGUUGUCUGAUCUGAAAGAUCUUGUCAAUAUGCUGCAGAAAUCAUGAAAUUAAAGGGCAGUUGACCCACUCUGGUUCAUUUUAGUUCAGUUCCUUGUUCUUACCACUAGUUUUACAUCCCUGUACUUAAUUUAAGAGAAAUCGGACCCAUGUUGAUAUAAAACGUAUGAAUACCUUUUACAUUGUCAUAGUUUUACUUUGUUGCCCCCAAUACAAACUCGACCCACGUUUUUGCACAAUCCCACCAUGACUGGCUCUCACUGAAAGCUCACUAUACCGUGAACAUCUUGAGCAGGGUAAAGACACAUUUGGAUGUUAAAGAUCUUCAAGUGAGUUAGUUCUCUGCAAAUCUUUUUGCUUAACAGUGAAGUGGUGUAUUUUAUUUUAGUAUUUUAGAGUUCAAUGUUCAUAAUUAUUAGUUUCUGUACUGUGCUGUAAAUAAGAUGUCUGAUUUCUUAAGCUGUUGGGAACGGGAAUACACAGGUGAAGGUGGCAUCUUGAAAUAAAUGGAACAGGUAAACAUGC